AACUCCAUUUGCAACAUGUUCAAAUAUCUCCUGGUCGCCUUCUGCUGCUGCUUGGCCAGCGCUGCUGCUGCUCCUGGCUACUUGGGUGGCUUGGCUGCAGCUCCGGCUCUGUCUUUGGGCGCUGCCCCGGCCAUCUCCUAUGGCCACGCCUUGGCCGCACCUUCGAUUGCCUCGUAUGGUUUGGGCCCCAGGAUUAGCUACGCUGCGCCUGCCUUGGCUCAUGGCCCCGCUUUGUCUGCCUACGGCUUGGGUCCCAGGAUUAGCUAUGCUUCGCCAGCCAUUGCUCAUGCACCGCUUGGCCUGGCAGCCGCACCACUUGGCCUGGCCUCUCCACUCGGACUUGGCUACAGAUCGUAUGCUGCUGGUCCUGCCCUGAGCCUGGGUCAUGGCUGGUAGAGACUGCCACAUGGACGCCCAACCCCCGAUUGCUUUUCAUUUCGUUUGCACACAAAAUUUUUGAGAGAAAGUGA